UAUGUGCUCACUGAAUGGGAUAUAAGCUCUAGCCCUGUGGACGGCCAUGAGAGCCAGCCAGCAUGGAUAAAAUCCGUCAAAAAGCCCAGUACCUGCUGGAGAAGCUUCACGAGAAAUACGGAGUCCAGUCACGCCACCACAUCCAUCUGCUGGUGGCCACUGUAGGCAGAAAGGAGGGCGAAGACCAGCUGCAGCAGGACCACUGGUACCUUGUGGACGCCCACGGUCAGAAGUUCCGUUUGCCAAAGACGAUGUUGUUCCUCGGGAGAGAGGAGUGUGAUGUCGUUCUGGCGUCCCAGUCUGUAGACAAGAGACACGCCGUGUUGACCUUUGACCUGUACCUCAAUCGCUUCAAGGUCAAGGACCUUAGCACCACUAACGGGACAUUUGUGAAUAACUCCCGCAUCCCAGAGCAAGAGUAUGUGCCAUUAAACCACAUGGACUCUAUACGGUUAGGUCAUGAUGCUAUGAUGUACCAUAUUGAACAAGGCAGCCAAAUAACCAAUCAAGGGGGGCAACUACCAGAUCCUCAGUACAUUCCUUCCUGGGCCACCAGGCUCCCCCAGGAAGCCUCUACAAUCCACGUUCAUGCACAUGCAAUGGCAGAGUGCCAACUGCAUUACAUCGGAUUAUAUGGAUGGUUUCCUACCUUGGGCUGUAUAGCAGAACAGAACAUAGAACACACAUGUAGUCUCAAGCCAGAGAGCAAGGGAAUGGAGGAUGCCACAAGUACAGAGUCACACAGCCAGCACCAUCCUCAGCACGACCACCAGCACCAGCACCAGCCACACCAUGACCAUCCACACCAUGACCAGCCACACCACAACCAUCCACACCAUGACCAGCCACACCAUCAGAAACAUGAGCACCACUCAGAUAAACAACCUCAGGACCAUUCAGGCCUGGCUGACCAUGACAUACCUCAGCAACAUUCCCCAGCCACAGGUCACCCCGCUGACCAGUCUUCUGAUGGCCACCUAGAGAAGGCAGUGCCAGACAUUCCUGAAGACCUGGCCUCAACUCCUUUGGGCCGCAACACCUGGCCCAGGAAAAAAGUCAGGCAGGUGGCCCAUGUUGGCUCAGUGUUCAACCAAGAGUCGCCAGAUAAAUGUGAGGCUACUGAGGCCAGGCCAGCAGGAGCUCUGGCCCCCAUGUACUUUGUCUCAUUUGAUGACUCGGUCUGUAACGGCUCUUCCUCUCCUGUGGACAGUCAUAGGAAACUAAAGAACAGCAGGAACCCUUCUGAGUUAGCCACAGUGAAGAAGGGGACACCACUCUAUGGUCAACCAGACUGGUGGGGAGAGGGCAGUGACCAUGACAAGACUAGUCAGCACAAAGGUGAUAGAAGAAGUGAGACAAAAUGUAGUCGCCCAUCUAGUCUAGGCUUGAACAGUGAGGAGGCAUCAGUCAACACAGUCAAGUCUGCCAGUAAGCUCAGCACAAUGGACACGGUCAAAUACGCUGGUCCUACAUACAUGGAAAUACCCAUCAAAGAUGAGGAUACAGCCCAAGGGGUCAAGGACAUCCAGACCCCUCCCAAGAGUGUCACAUCCUCGCUGUCAAGAGAUAGCCUGUCCAACUCUCCAGAUGUCAAGCAGUUAUCCUUAGCCAAAAGUGCCAAAGAACAAAGUCCUAGUAUUGAACUCAACCCUUCCACGUCUUUCACUAUUGAUCUCGAUGACCUGGACCACCCACCAAAGAAAGCUUUGAAUAUUGGUAGCAGCUUAAGUGAAUUUGUACCAUCCAAAAUCCGUAAGAACUUUCGGGAAAGGAAGACUCAGUCCUCAAAAGCUGGUUCUAAGGAAUCCACACCUAGCAAAAAUUCUGAGGAACGUGAGUUAUCUCCCCUGCACCAGCAGAAGUUAGAUGAAAUCCAUAGCCAAGUGGUGGAGAAGAAGGGGAAAUCUUCCCGCCUGUCCAGUGUUCACGCCACUGUUGGCUCCUCCCUCAGGUCUCCUAACUUAGAAGAAAUUGACAGGUUGUCAGAGUUUUCUGAUGAGAGGAGGUCAAUAGAAAGGGAUGGAGCCAAGAAACCAGUGCCUACAAGAAGCCCCCAGAUCUCUAAGAUGACCAAGGUUAAACCCUCCCCCCUGACCAGUGGUCCUAAGAGCUCUGGCCCCCACACAUCUGGCACCCACACAUCUGUGUCUGCCGCACACACAUCCCCAUCUGCCGCACACACAUCCGCGUCUGCUGCAUCCUACCUGUUUGACAAGAUGUUUGAGACGGGCAGCAACGCCUCAGCUCAGAGUGACAAGGAGAUGUCACCAGAGCAGGCCAUGUACAGGGAAGCUGCCGGACAUGACCUCUUGACCUCCAGACAUUCGGGGGAGAAAGUGAUCCGGCCUGUCAUUGACUCGUCAGCAACAAAGCAUGUCUCACCUGGUGCUAAACCAGCCAGAGCUGACAAGGCUGUCAAGCAGGUGCUGAAGGCAGUCAGCAAGGAAGAGGAUGAGUUCAUUGAUGAAGAUGACCUGCUCAUCACAGAGGACAAUUUGGAUGAUGAAGACAAGGUUGGUCUGGUUGUUAAGGACGACAAAGAGGACAAAGCUAGUGAGGCAGGGACAUACACCAUUGAAGCUGAUGUGAAGGAGGGGGAGGAAGAGGAGCAGGCGGCCAGGAUGAGGAUUGACCAGGUAUUUGGGGUGGACGUGGACGACUUCACGUCUGAUAAACCUUUGAUCAACCCCCUGCGCCUGGCCAGCCCAGGGGGGUAUGACAAUGUGUAUGAGGAUUAUGGCAAUAACAUUGAGGGGGACAAAACUCCUUUAGAUGAGAGCGGUUCAUUCCCAAUUGAUGACGAUCUCACUUUAGAUGAGGAUUAUGACGAUGAAGAGGAUGAGAGCAUGGAGAACUCGGACAUGACAGGACCUGAUGCAUCAGAUGGGGUCCAGGUGUGGGUCAAACAGUUGACAGCUCUCACAUCCCACAAGGCACCCACAGAUGGAGGCAAGAUGGUCAGAGAUGAGGGAGACUCCCCAGUAUCCAAGAAACCACCUCAGGGUCUCAGUAGAAAAAGACCAGGGACGGGACGUAAACUCCCAUCCAUCCCCACAGACAAGAGCCCUGAGAGCAGCGAGCACAGCUCAUACAUGGGGGACCAAGAUCUCAGCCUGGGGGAGGAGCUCCAGACCAAGCUCACUGCCCCAGUCACCAAUGGGAAACCUACGAGAAUCUCUAGUCAGACACGCUCUAGAGGCAAGAAUGGAACCAAUGGGUAUGCUGACGAGCCUGCCGCCAGCCCAAGGGUAUCAGCUCGGUCCAGGGGCAGCGUUGAUACUGAGCUGCUUCUACAGGACACAGAGACUGUCAUGGCUGCCAUGGAGGCUAGGAUAGGAUUUAAGAAUAGUCGCAACACUAAAGAUUCCCUGAGUACUGAAUCAGACACUGAUGCCUCCAGCACUGUGGCCCUUGUUAACGGGGAUGAUGACUAUGUCAAACCCACUAUUUACAAAAGUCCACGAGAUGCUUUGGCCAAAAAACAGCAAAAUGACUUAUCGUUAAAAAAUAACAAUGCACAUUCAACGCCUCCUUCAGCCCCAUCCAAACGACCAGCUGUGAAAUCUUACCAGCAAACAGCUGUACGAUCUCGAAGCAUGGCUUCCCCACGUAGCAUCACCACUGUGAGCUCUGCUUCCAAGAAAUCUGUGGUAUCCGAUGUUUUUAGUUCUCGUAGGGACAGUUUUGACAAUGACAGUGUCAUAUCAGAUGUCAGCUCUGACACUGGUGACGGCAGCUUGUCUCGAUCAUCUUCUAAAGGAAAAGGUACCAUCACAAUGACCAAACCAAACAGGGCUUUCCAGCUUCGGCGUGCACGGGCAGACAGUUUUGACGAGCCGACAACCCCAAGGUCAGCUAAAUCCAGCGCUUCAAGUAAAUCUGUUGUCAGUGGGUCUUCAGUGCGAUCUUCCAGUGUUCACAGUACCCCCAGAACAAGGUCCAUGAUAGAAACAAAUCGCAGUGAGGCUACAAGCCUGGGGCUGCAGAUUGUCAGAAAAAGCAGAUCCAAUAAUACACCAGAGAAGGUGAUCAAGGCAAGCAGCAACACCAAUAUAGCCAGAGCUGAGCCAGCUAAAUCUAGCCUUAAAAUGCAACGUGCUAGCUCCCUGACGAUAGGACCUGCAACACCAGUCCUAACAACUGUCAAAAGGGAGCCCACUCCCAAGACACAUCUCAGGUCCACACCCACUGGUCAUUCUAAUUCAAAGGGCAAUUUAUCCAUCACUGGAUUCAGUAGCCGCAGUCAGUCCCAGCCUGGUAGCCGGUCCAACUCCCCCAAAGCUGCAGAGAGAAUGGCCUGGAAGCGAAGGAAAGAGUAUGACCCAAGGAAGGCAGUCGCUGAUGCUAAAGCCAAAGUUAAAGAACCAGGAGUGACCAUGAGGCCAAAGCCUUCAGCAAACUCCAGCAUAAAGAGAAGAAUGAUCAGAUCUGCAUCAUUCACAGACUCUCACAAACUGUCUCUUAGUCUUCGUGACUCUGUGUCCAGCUCACAAGAGCUCAGCUCUAGUGAAAGACAUGAACAUGAAGGUUUGCGCAGGGCAUUCAUUCCAUUUCAUAAUUCGUUACGCUCAGAGAGGUCCCACCACAGUGCAGAUGAAGACGAAAGCUUGCUUACUGCUACAUCCACGCAGAACUCCACCAGAAGCUUGAUGUCUCUAAGUGUUGCUAGCAAACCCAAGUCAGCCUUCACCCCACCACUCAUCCGUACCAAGGCCAUCUCACCAGAUGACCCUUCACCCCGCCUGACUGCUUUUAGAAGAAGAACUUCAGGACUGAGUGAGCUAGAAGCAAGUCUAUCUGCGUUAGCGCUGCAGUCAAAUGGUGAUCUGAAUGAUAGUCGUGUGGAGACACCACCACAGGCUUCGUACGACUCCCUGAUUGUAUCAUCUAUCUAUCAGCUUUCCCUUAAAGUGAAAACCACAUUAGACAAAUCUCUUAAUAAAUUAAGAGACCAAAAUCGUCUGAGGAAUACACCGUCUCCAAUAGAUGAUUUUAUAUCAGACUCCAAUAGAAGUGAAAUUCCUGCUUGGAAAUCAGCCAAUCAAGAAUUGGCUGGGAUAUUAAAAAAUCUUCGCAAGACUGAGCGCCAUGUACAAAUUAUCAAUGCAUACUUAUUUCCUGAUGACUCGCCUUCCAAAGUCUCGCAACAGAUUCAAAGAAUUCAGCAUGAAUUAGCAGGCUUUCAUCCCAUUGAUCACCCCCAAACUGAAGAAAAUGAUAUAGCUUCACCAGAAAUGGCAGAGCUUAGUGGGCAGUUUUAAAUUAUAUUGGCUUAACCUAAUUGGCAUAAUAAUAAUAUUACUUUUUAAAAAAACUGAAACAUACAGUUUUAGUGUAGCAUAGUCUGUGAUUCCCAUUAAUAAUUUUAAGGAUUUAUUUAUUACUAUGUUAAUUAGAAGUAAUUUUAGUUUAUAUUUAGACAUUAGUCAUUAAUCAAUAUUUUGAAAAGUAAAAGUAACAAAAUUGUUUUGUAAUUUGUGGUAUUAAUGUAAAUGUUUGUGUCAAAAUAAUUUAUGAAACAAAAUUAAAAUGUAACAGCUAUGUAGGAACAUUGAUGUUAAUAUUUUCUUGCUACUUGAAAAAAUGUUUAACUACUUAUAUUUUUUUCAAAAGAUUGUGUUAUGGGCUUUCAGCUUUUAUUUUUUAAGUUUUAAAUUGCAAUAUUUAUUCUGACAACAAGAAUGCAGUUGUUAUCAAUUUAAUUUGCAUAUGUUCAACUGUUUAGAAGCUCAGUUUUGUAAACACUUUUGAUUGGUUAAGGACAUACAUUUUCAUCCACGUUAAAACUAACAUUAGUUGUCUAUUUACUCGCAUGAACAAGAAAGUUUGUUACUUGCAGUAAAUAAAUUGAACGAAGUCUUUAUUUUCUGAUUGGCUUCAAUUAAGGCAUUACAAAAUAAAAACAACAGUGACUAACACAAUUAGUACUUUUUACCUAUUAGGUACAGUAAUCACUUGCAAGCAUACUACUUUCUGUGUAAAGUAUUUGCUAAUUUUGUAAUGAAUGGGAAUAGAACAAUUUUUCUGAUGAUCUCACUGGACAGAUUUGUUCAUAAUGUGUUAAAUGCAAUGACAAAUUUACCUGACAAACUGAGUGAACAUUUGUGUUAGUUGUUAGAUUACUGUCAGUUGAUCAGGGUUGAUGUAAUUAAAAUAGUCAGCUGCUAUGGUAAAGGAUGAAGUGGCUAAAAUUAUAACAUAGCUGUGUUAACAUAAAUUAUAUCAUCAAGACAAUUAGAAAGGUGGAACUACUCAAAUAUAAUAUUCUACUUACAUCUUACAAGCUAGGCUACACAUUAAGAAACGACUUAUUAAAAAAUACACUUAAUGUAUAGAUGUUUUCAUCUGUGAUUUAGUUUCUUAUUAUGUUUUUGUUUCAACAAUUCUAAUAACUCAGCAUCUAAACUUUUAUAUUCCUACUUACAGGAAAAUAUUUUCUAUAAGAUAAAUCUAAGUACUUUAUGUGGGAAAUUAAUGGAUAACUUUUGGGAUACAGAUUUUAGAGUUCUUGAAGUACUGGUGUAUUAUUCUUUUACUCUGUUACACAAACUCCUGUGAUAAUUUCUUCUAUGUCUGCAGUAAGACACAUUUUUAUUCAUAUUUAUGUUGUAUCAAGCUAGUACCUUAGCCUUGUGAUUGUACUGUCUGUGUGUGUGUAAAUGAUUUUGACUACUUAGACAAGCUUUCAUGGUAUGCUAAAUAAUGAUUUGUGUGAAAGGGAUUAGAGCAGAAGAUUUUGUUUGCUUAAGAAUAAACUGAAGUAUUAUUUGAAGCUUUUUCUGUUAGGUCAAUGUGAAAAAAUGUGAUGUUACUCAGAAAGACUGGAGCUGUUUGAUAAUAAAUAACUGAGGACCAGCUGUGGUAUGGGCUACCAUUACGUGGGAUUUGCCAACUUGAUAUUUUCAACCAUUAUUGUCCUAUUGAUGUUUGUGGAACAAUCUGUAGCUUUGUAUGAAUAAUUUAACAUUCUCGCCAUGGUGCUACAGAUCAAAAGUUACUUUGUAUUUAAAUUCACAUCAGCCUUCUUAAUGUUUAAUAAACUGUUUCAUUUUGUGUUGAAAGAAUUAUGUUGAGCUGAAACUGAAAGCGUUAUUGUUUGCUGCAACAAAAAAAAAAAAAAAAUCAACAAUGAAUUCCAAAGGAUAGAUUCAAACUUUCUGUUGCUGUUAACCUUGUCAGCUAGAAAAAUGCAAUAUCAGCUUUCUAAUAAGCAUAAUCAUUUUAUUGCUAUAAUUUUAAUAAAUUGCAUAUACUAAUUAA